AUGGAUCAAAAUGCUGCUGAACGCCUGAAGAUGCUCCAAAUGGAUGAUCUCGGCACGGCCAGACGAGAAUUCAUUUCAACCAAAGAUGGCCCACGACGAGUGCUCAGUGUGGGUAUGGAAACCAUAGAAGCAAGCAGAGAGUCCAACCAACCCGGAACGAAAGCCCAGCUCAUGGCGCAGAAGAACAAGGCCCAGCUCGCGGAUUGGUCGAAUAUCCAUAAGACAAUAGGUGAUACUGCAGACCUUGAAAAUCUUGACAGUCUUCUUGAUGGCCAGAGUCAUCGUCUUGGGCUUGCCGCUUUGUUGCAUUCGAGGCCACAUGACUUUGCUCCAGUUAGGGGAGGCAUGAGUCGUGGGCGUGGUGGUGGCGUAGCAGGGACUCGAGGUCGUCAGAGGAAGCCAAGCGUAUCGAAGGUUGACUAUUCCACGAAAAUCAGCGCCCCUGAAGAAUUUAUGGCUGCUGUUCAGGGUCUAGUCAACACGAAGACUGCUCGCAUAAACUCCCCUGUUGCACUGGAAAUGUCUAACGGUAGUAGUCCAAAGCCCAGCCAAUUGCCUCCUGCGAAGGAAAUACCAAGCCAAGUUUUAUCUCGCCUCACGCAACCUGCUCUUGCAGUAGAUCAUGGCCCAAGCCAACGGUCUCCUACCGUGACUAGAGCCCUGAGUCAAAUACCUCCCGGGAAGUCGCUUACUCCCCAAGCUCAAGCGCCUCGAGCUCCUGCUCAAAGGCCCCGGUCUACGGCAUAUAACACGUCGAGUCAACAAUCUCUCAAAAUGCCAUCACUUCCGGAACCUGACAGAGCAAGGGAUUCAAGCAAAAGGACACCUUCUUCCACGAACAAUACAACCCAAGUCAAUCCUCAGAAAAUGGUUUCGGCUGUUGACGCCGUGAAGAACCUAAGACAGACACCGUCGACUGCGAUGCUGAAGGCGAACCAGACACCACCCAAGGAUACUGUGCUCCCUGUCACAGCGACAAUGAAAAAUGUUCCUGCUGCUUUCAACCUUAGCAAGGACCACCCGGUGAGGUCCAAUAACACGUCUGUGCAAUCACAGGCUGCUGCACAAACACGCCCGACUCCAAAUCCGCAAUUGCUUAAACCCACAACUACGCCAUUACAGCGGGAUGAAGGGCCUCUGCCUAAGAAGCUAGCAGCCAAGCCUUGUGGCAAGCCUCCAUGUCAACCGGGUAACAAAGCCAAUCGGGUACCAGAGACGCAAGGCACUGCAAUGGAGACAAUUCCAGUAAACAAGGUGGUCGUCAAAUUGCCUCCUAGCGAGCCAACUUUCAAACCGAAUGCAGAUGUCCCGGUCACGCCCAAGAAGAUUAAACCACUUACGAACCUUGUUGAUGAAGGAACCGAGAAGAAAGCACCACCGGCGGUGGCUUGUGGCGAGCUUCUUGAUCUUGAUGGUUCUCCUUCACCCGAGGAUGAUUCGGCUGAACAGGAUCCUGCUGCUACAGCUGUAAUGAGCCCUUCCUGUCAAGAUCUAGAGGGGUUGAUAUUUCGGCAGGGCAGUACACGGUCUCCUACUCAAAGAGACUCGACCUCUAGUGAGGCUUCAUCAACACCGACUAAGUUUACCGCUAUUCUUGAUCGACUUAUGAACGCCACUGAGACCAUGACCGGUACUGAGAAGAAGCAGGCGGUUGCGCGCGACAUCGAAGAGCUUCGCAAAGAAGUUGAAAUUCUCUGUUUGUCAGAAGCAGGGCGCCGAUAUUCUAAUGAAAUGUUCGAGAGAGGAAGAGAAGAGUCCAGCCCCGAGCCCAAACCCGAGCCCAAAUCUGAGCCUAAGCCCGGUUAUCACAAUUGUCAUACAUGUCAGGAGAACCAUAAAGCUCAUGCUCAUAUCCCACUUGAGAAUGCCUCGGUGCUCGCAGUUGAUGUGACGUCUAAUGCAGCCUUGGGUGUGGAAGAUCCCUUGACACCCCUUGCACAUAAGUCACAGACCCACCGUUCUGUUCUCCAGACACGCCUCAAGGGCACUGCGCCGCCAUCUGAGCCAAACAAGCUUUACCCUCCAGUAAGCAGCGCAGCUGAGCCAGUAACCACUGUGCAGGAGCUUCAGGAGUCUUGUAUCUCCAAGGCCGUCCAUUUGUACGGCGAGCAUCUACUCCCCGGGAGGUCUGGAAAUCGGCCUGACAACGCUUCCGUCCUGGAGGAUGUGAAGGUCCCAGCAUUUGAAGGGCGAUUCGGUCCAAUAACUCCGGCUUCUACUCCCGUCAAACCGAAUUUGACAUCUCCACUUCUUUCGCAGACGAACGCGAUCUCAGCCUCCCCUGCACUACAGAGAUCUAUGCACGCCCCCAGAAUUUCAGAGAACAGGUCCCCAGCAUCUCGAACUCCCUUGAGAGGACUGGAUGGCUCCAGGUAUGCGACGCCUGCCCUCGACAAGCCUCUACGCUGAGCUUCUCGCAACCACACCAUCGCUACAUAAGGUCUGUACCGUUAGCGGAGUUACACUCACCUCAUGCCUGCAUGAAGUGGCGCUGAGGUCUAUCCGCGUGAUAUCCCUGUCUUUCUUAACCCCCAAAACAAAUCUUCAGAUGGUGAACACGCAAGCUACAUUUGUUUCGAUGCUGCCACAUCUUACAGCAAUUACUUAAUUGUCUAUUUCUAGUGAUGU